AUGUAUCGAGCAUUGGAUGAUAUUCACAAAGAAUACCAGCACUUUUAUGUCACGGAACCCCAGUCGUCGCUGUGCGACCUGCCGAUCUCCGGUCGUGUCGAGUCUGCGGAUCGAACCAGACUUCGCCACUUCCUCCAGUAUCCAACCAUGCUCAUCUGCCGUCUUCGAGCCACUCUUUCCCUAAGCGAAGCAGAUCGUGCUAUGGGCGAAGAGGAGGCACAAAGGUUUGCAGCCCGGACUUUACUCAUCGAGAAGAUGGCAAGGGCUGUGGACCCAGUUAUGGCCUGGCAACUAGCGCAGAGGAAUAACUUACCAUAUUCUAUAGUACGCACGAGGGAGGACUGGCUUUCAAUCAAUGAGCGUGGGGAGAACUGGGAGGAAUUAAAGACGUUCCUUAAACAGCGGUGGUUAAAGUGGGAAUAUUAUUGGGAGGACGAGAUUUUAAUUAAAGAGCUGGGACAAGUUCCUAUCGAAGAAUGA